AGCUGAACGGCAUUGGCCCGCCUGGAAGAAUGAAGAAAGCGCAAACCCCAACCUCUAAACGCGGAGAAAUCCUUUUCCCCACACUUUCCACCCCCACCAAUUGCGGCUUCGACCCACUCCCACGCUCCAGAAGCUGCCCGCUGUCGUCAUCGCUUUGGUCCUUUUCAAGACGUCGAGGCUUUGCAAGGCUGCAGCUGUGUCGCUGGACCACAGGUCCAACAUCUGCAACACCAACCUUAAUCUUCGAGAGAGCUGUAUCCGUGUUUUGUUAGUAGCGAACCAGCAACAGUGUAGUCUUUCUGCUUUCUACACUCUCAUUUUCUCCGCUUUUGGUAUCUCCAGGACAGCCCAAGCGAAGAGCAACGCCCGGAGCUACCAUUCGUACAGAACAGAGCUAUAAAAAAGCAAAAGCAAGAAUGGCACAAUCUUUUGACGUUCCGCUGCAGUCACGAAUCGUGGACGAUAAAUCGCCCAUCUGCAUCCCAUUCAUCCUGUCACGAAUCGAGACCUACCAAAAACAGCACCCAAACACCUCCCGGCCAUUCAUCAUCGGCCUGAACGGGGUCCAAGGGGUGGGCAAAACGACGCUGGUGCGGGCCCUGGCCGAGACCCUGCAGAGCCGGGAGGGGCUCCCGACGCUUGUUGUGAGCAUCGACGAUUUCUACCUGACGCAUGCCGACCAGCUAGCCCUGGCGGCGGCCAACCCGGACAACCAGCUGGUGCAGUAUCGUGGGGAACCCGGAACCCAUGAUAUUCCCCUGUUGACCUCCUUCCUCUCCUCACUCACAUCACCCUUCCCCCCCGAAGGCAUCCACGUCCCCAGCUAUGACAAGUCUCUAUUCUCCGGCCUAGGCGACCGCGCACCUCCUUCAACCUGGACUCAUAUCACCUCCCCACCCAAGAUUGUGAUUUUUGAGGGCUGGCUCGUUGGAUUCCGUCCGCUCUCGCCUGUUGCUCUUGAAGCCAAGUAUUGUUCCCCGACCAGCAAGACGCUUCACCGGCACUUGCCGGCUCAUUUGAUGUUUAUCAACUCCUGCUUGGAGAAGUAUCAACUGAUAUGGGACCAGUUUGACGCCUUCGUGCACGUUGAUGCCGAGGAUCUAGGCUGGGUGUAUGAGUGGAGGAUCCAGCAGGAGCAAGGCCUGCGGCGAGAGAAGGGGGUCGAAGGUGGCAUGACGGAUGAGCAGGUAAGGAAGUUUGUGGAUUGCUACUUCCCAGCUUAUGAGUUGUACAUCGACGGGAUCAGGAACGGAGUGUUUGGCGAGAGAAAAAAGGCGUGCCAGUUGAGGUUGGUGGUGGGAAGAGACAGAGCGGUCAAGGAAUCUUUGGUGAUUUGACAAUCUGCUGCCAUAUAUCUUGGCGAUUUUCAUUCAUAGAUGGCUGUCUGUCUCUAGGGGUAUCAUACUUGGGGUACAUUAGCUUUGGCACUGCAGCGACCAACGGGGAAGUAGUAAUCACGCCAACAUUAUCAUUGUACAUAAACGAACCAUGUAGAGUAGACAGGCCGGGGUCCUGUUGAGAAAAAGUAAUACACAGCAAGAAAAGAAAUAGCCCAGCACAGCUCCACUGCAUAUGGACAGACAGACAAAAGGUCAC